AUGCGAAAAGCACUAAGAGCUGAACCUCUCGAGAUUCAGAGUGUGGGCAGCCACGCUUUCGAGGUCUGGACGCCUGGCUGGUCUUCCAUGGAGUCAGAGAUCCAGGAGGCAGCGAACUUGCGAAGCGCUGUUCGGAUACGUCUGCAGACGGCGGCAGAAAGAGCGACCACGCUGGAGGACGAACAGUUUCCGAAAGCCACGUGUAGGAUGAGAGGACCAGCGGUAAAGAUUACACGAGUGGUCACCAGUGGCUCUGAAGUCGAAGCCGUGCCGAAAGACCCCUUGCUGGAGACGUCAACUCGAGAGGGCGCCCUUGCUUUCCUGGAGCUUCUGGCGCUGUUGGCGGCUGCUCCCGAUGACGGUCAGGAGGGCGGUGGCCAAGCUGCCGCGACAUCCCCAUUCUUCAUCCAAGAAGCUUCGGACAAUCAAGGAGGCGAGAGAGAUGGAGGGAUGGAUGAACACACAGGUGCAUGCAUCAGCGGGUAUGCAGAUCGACAGACAAAGCUAGGGCCAGGCGGAGAUGGUUUUCUGGCGGACGUGUCAGGUCAUCCGAAGAAGCUGCUACAAGUCAUGGUCUUAGGAUCCGUCGCUGACCCGGGAGCUGCCCUUGCGUUGGCAGGCGUUGACGACGAUGUAGACAAGUUCAUGUUGGAACAGAUCCGGGAGCUGCUUGAUGAAGCCGAGUGGGAGGAUGCCUAUGAGAAGUGCUCUACCGGCCUACUCUUCUUUGGCGAGCUGCAACCUGGCCUGCUUGGGGCACCGGUGCCAGCGACAGCUUCCAGGAACGGAAAGGCGCUGCGGCUGCUUCGUGCGAGGGCAAUGGUCGGUGCAGGCUUCGCAGGCGCCGCAGCCGAAGAGGUGGCCGCUCUGCAGGACCAACCAGGAGCUGCCGAAAUCUUGGGCCGUGCAGCUCAGACACAACGGAGGUACCCUGAGGCGGAGCUACAGUUGCGCCGUGCCGCCAGCGAGGCGUCGGAUGUCGCUGCUGAGGAACUCGCAGCGGCGAGUGCCUACUGCUCCACCGGGGCACGGCAGCAACACGGCGAGGUGGAUGUUCUGCAGCUUCUGAAGAUGCACGAGGCCUUGGAAUGCAGGCCGUUGUCCGACAGCUGCGGGCCGCUUCACUUCGUCUCUCCCUUGGUGGCCCGGCGAUGGCUCGGGGCCGCGAGGGGUCGGGGCGUGGUGGCGCAGGAGGCGAUGGAGGAAGGCAGGGCUGAGUCUUUUCAUAUCCGGCAGGUGCUCGCGCGUCUAUGCAUGGAUGAGUGCUACAUGCGAAGACUUGUACCCGGUGGUUUUGAGGGUUGA